AUGAUCAAGGUACUGAAAGAUUUUGAUCAGUUCUUGUUUCACCACGGUAAACUUCCCGUUAGUGAAAUCAUUGGCAAUCUUCAUAUGGUUGCCAGAGUUGCAUCACCUGGUGCUCAACCAACUGAUGACCCUCGCCUUCCAGGAGGAAUCUUCGCUGAUGACCCUCAGCCAACCGAUGACUCUUGCUUUCCAGAGGAAAUGUUUGACGUGUUUACUACGAGUUUUUGUCCGGCGCUACGAUUCCUGAGCCAUCUGCCGAUAUACUUCUAA